AAUCUGAGGAGGAUGACAAUGAUGAGAUGGAAGAGGAGGAAGAAGAAGAAGCUGAGCAGGAAGGAGAGAGAGGAGAGCAGGCAAACACUGCUGGAGGAGAGAGCAUUACAGGAGGCAGCCAUGGUGUUGUGAAAAAGUCUGUCUUCAAAGUCACCUGUGGGGCCAUCAAUGGAACGCUACAUAAGGAUCGGUUUGCAUCAGGUACGUUACAUAUUUUAUUCUCUCAAGGUUUAAUAAACAUAAAAAAUCCUAUAGCUAUUGCUGUGUCUCAGAAACUAUUGGAGGUACUGGAGACACUUUUACAUGUCGGCAACCCUCUUUCUCUGGCUGCACCUCAAAUACUGCCCCCACUUAGUGCUUUUAUCAAGCAGAAAACCCAUGGCAGCAGAUCCACAAGGUCUGCCAUGAGAGGUGACUGUAUAGUUCCCUUAAGGAAAAGCACCUUCAGUCAGACGGCUUUCACUGUGAGAGCUUCCCAUGUCUGGAACACAACUGCCUUCAGACACACGUAACUGCGCCACACACAACCUGUCUGUAGUUUGUGAGGUGUGUAGAUAUUGUUUGUUCAUUCUCUGUCUUUUGUUUGGUUGCUUUAUGUGUUAUGCUCUGUCUGUCUGCGUACUAAGUGUUACUUGUCAUAUGUUGCUCUCUAUGUGCUCAUUGUCUGUCUGUACUACGGGACUACGGUCGAAAUUUUGCCAAUUGGCUAAAACCGGCACUUUUACUGAAAAUGUCUCUGCAAAAAUAAACGUAAUAAAGUAAAGUAAAUGACACAGUUUUAGCUAUUGUCGAUAAUACACUACAGGUUAUUUUACCAUAGCCCUAUGUGACUGGUCAGCUGUCGUGUGCCAUAUUGGAUUUAUACUAGGGUUAUGAUAGGGUUUCAUUUGAGAUUUUCCUUCUGCCCCUAUCUUCUCUGUUGCCCCAGGGUCGUGUGGAAAGAGCAUCCGUACGGAGCUGCGCUGGAUGACCCCUGUGGAGUUUAUGACGGGGGGGUCAGCUCUGGCAGAUGCCUCCUGGAAGAAAGACAUCCAGUGGGACGGGAAACCACUCAGCGUCCUCAUCGAGGUACAGAGGGAAAGAGAACGAGGAAGGGAGAUGAAGAAGAUGUGUGUUUGGCACUUACCAACCUACUGUACAAGGAAUUGGAACACGACUCUCGACCUUCGCCUCCCCCAAUUUCUUGGUAUCCAAUUGGUAGUUACAGUCUUGUCCCAUCCCUGCAACUCCCGUACGGACACAGGAGAGGCGAAGGUCGAGAGUCGUGUGUCCUCCGAAACAUCUCUAGUGGCACAGCUAGCACUGUGAUGCAGUGCCUUAGACCACUGCGCCACUCGGGAAACCCGGCUUAAGAUAGUCUGCCAGGUCUUUAAGGACCUGUGAUGAAAAAAUGUCCCUUCUUCAAAAACGUUUUACUAGUACUACUACUGUCUUUGUUUGUUUCUCAUUUUCAGAGUAAGAUCUUGGACAUCCACUCUCUCUUGUGUAAAUGCAAGCUGUGCAGCCCCACGGCCACAGACCGGGUAAGUUUCCCCCUCGACCCUCAGGAACAUGGGAACAACAUAGGAACAACCAUUUCAGUUUCUCCUCAUCGCUCAGCCACAUAUUGCCAGGGUAUAUCUGGUGGGCUUUCUGGAAUAAGGACAAGUGUAUAUAGUGUGGUAAAAGUGCAAUAGAUGAUAAAAUGAAUGUUAUUCUCUAUUUCUUCGAGGUCACAAUAGUUACAUAGUCUUUCCUCGUCCAUUUCACCAUUAUACCGACCUGUUUCAAUACGCAGGGGCAAUAUCCCUGAUCUUACACGUAGCGAUCUCUUGCUUUUAGGUAGGUUGUACAUAAUAUACUGUAUCUCUCACACACAAAUUCACCCUUAAUCAAACAAAAGGUUCUCAAUUUGGGUUUAUGAUUAAUCAUUUAUUUUCAUAUUGUGUCAUCAGUUGUUUUUUAAUAGUGUCUCUGUCUCCCUUAAUUUGGUUUUCGUACAAAUGUUCAAAGUCAGACUGCUGGAAAAGGUCCGACAUUUCGGUUGCCCAGGCUCCUCCUGUGAAGAGAUCCUUUGCUGGCUAUUCUGGCAAUUGGCAUAUCCAACAGUCUAUUCCUAAGUCUCACCAUGCACGCCUUCCAUCUCACCUCACAGUGUUCCCAGCCCAUGUCCCCAGUUAUUGCCAGUAUAGGUGCAAACUUGUGGACACCUAAAAAAUAACGUACUGCUUUGAGAUACCACCUAGCAAUCCACACCCCUGCUGAAUGGUCCAGAACAGGACACAUGUCUGAUACAGUUUGGAAUAUGUGGAAUAACCAUAUAUCUUUGAGUGUUAUUAUUUUUCCUAUAACUCCCCCAAGAGCUCUAAUUGCUGAGUCAGCCAGCAAAACUGAAAAACUUAUCUCAGUACUUGGAUUUCUAAAAAUGCAUUUUUGUUAUUAAAAAAUAAAUCAUGAUUCUCCAUCUUUUGCACCAAUUGACAUUUUCCGCAGGUCUUGUUCCGUUUCUGCCAUCAAAAUAAUAUCAUCAGCAUUUCAUCAUGAUAUCUUAAUCCAAUAUUUAACUGUUUAAUUAUUUUUGCCAAAGCAUUAAUAAACAUAGCAAACAGAAUCGGUGAUACGGCGUCUUCUUGUUUUACAUACAUUCGUUAACACGCAAACAGGCAGUUGGUGCUUGAUUGUUAACCAAUUCCUUCUCACCUUCCUCUCUUCUCUGUCUUGGCAAAACGAUCAGGACAACGAUGACGACUGCUUCAUCUGUAGGAGCCAGGGCAGCUUGAUAUGCUGUGAUAAGUGUCCUCGCUCCUUCCAUCAGAGAUGUCAUCUUCCUAAUGUGGAUGACUCUAUGCUGGGGUGAGAAGAGUUGAGGGUUGAUGAGAGAGAGAGUGAGAGAAAGAGAUUGAUAGAAGAGAGGUCUGUUUGUUCUGUGUAGGUAAACUUAGCUGUAAGCUUAUUUGUGCACUAUUGAAAAUGUGUGUGUGUGUGUGUGUGUGUGUGUGUGUGUGUGUGUGUGUGUGUGUGUGUGUGUGUGUGUGUGUGUGUGUGUGUGUGUAAUCACAGGGAUAAUCGUCCGUGGAUGUGUACAUUAUGUGUACUGAGGGACAGUCAGUCGUGGCAUUACCCCAAACAAAUGACCUACCAGGAAGCCUUGACCUGCCGAAUCUCUGACCACCUACUGGUGAGGAGCCUGAAUUAAUGACUGCUACCAUUGGGCCAAUUGCCUGUCAAUCAAUCAAUUAAUCAACCUAUCCAUCUGUCAGUCUGUCCAUUAUAAUGAUCACGAAAUACUUGACAUUAAAUAAGUAUGCAGAAUUAAAUGUAAACAAGCUUUGAGCAGUCACAUUAAGGUGCGUGUUUACUCUGACAGGAAUGCCACCACCUCCUGCUGUGUCUGUACCACGCGGACGAGGACAAGAUCUUUGUGACAGAUCCUUGCAUCAGUGUAAGUCUCUCUCUCUCUCUCUCUCCUCUUAGCGAGAGAGAGAAGAGAGAUAUCGAGAGACGGAUAGAGGAGAGAGAGAGAGAGCUCAUCAGUUCGAUGAUCGUAUCUGUCUCUCUCGUAUAGCUAGAUCUCUCUCUCUCUCUCCUCUCUCUCUCUCUCUAUCUCUCUCUCUUCUCUCCUCUCUCUCUCUCUCUCUCUCUCUCUCUCUCUCUCUCUCUGUGUGCGUGUGAAAGUUCACAUAUAUCUCUGUCUGUAUGUUUCAUUGCCAGGUGAGAAACUACACCAGUAUGAUAAAGACUCCGAUGUGGCUGGACAGGGUUGUGGAGAAGCUGCAGCAGAAUCUCUACCAGUCAGUGCAACACUUUGAGUGUGACGUGUUGCUUAUCUUCACCAACUGUGCCACGUUCAACAGGGUAAGACUGCACUACUGCAGUGUCCAAUGUGAAGACUCAGGGCUAACAUUUUUGAAAUAAAUCUUGGAAUUAUUAACUCAACUUUACUUAUGCUAAUGCAUGAAUAACACUUUUAAAAUGUGCCUUUGUUUAAUCCAUAACAAAGCUACAUUAGGCAAAAUGAGUUGUGUUAAUUGCAUUUCUACCUUGUUUAUUAUGUUUUCUAUACAAUUGUGCCUGUCUUUCUUUUCUGAAGGACAAUGCAGAGUUCCGUGGGAUGGGCGAAAGAUUGAAGAAUCUGUUUGAGAGAGAGUUCAAGAGUACAUUCAGCAUCCAACUUCAGCAUCCAACUGCAUCCAACAGCCAG